GCGGAUAGCGCAGGGACUGAUGGGAGAGGCCAGGUCCGAGCGCAAGGCCUGAUGGGAUUACCAGCUCCGCGUGCGACUUGGCCGGAGCUGUCUGAGGAGAGCAGGUUCUGACUGGAGCACGAGGCUUGCCUCCAGCACAGAGCAUCCCUGAAGCACCGGGCUGCAGGACAGUGCUGAGGAGAGGACAGAGCGCCGGCAGGCAGACUGAGGUCUGGUACCCGACAUACACUCAACAGGAAAAUAUGAACGAGCCCAAGGUGCAGUCCCUGUUCUUCAUCAUCCUUCCAGAUUUACACAAACUCUGCACCGUCCAGAUAACACUGAGUGGCAGGGUGGCAGAAAUAGACAUUAGGAGCACUCAGAUAAAGAUGUGCAGGCAGCUGCUACUUUCACAUGAAGAUAUUCUAACAGCACCUGUGCCUGGAAUAUUAAACCAAAUUUCAGUAGUGAUGUCGAUACCAUUUUUUAAAUCUGGGAGACUUAAUGCCUAUAUUGAAAAAUAUGAAGCUAAGAUGGAGGCUCCACAAAGAGUAACUCCUGCAAUUCUUCAGAACUGCCUUUCCUACUCACUCAUGGCUAGACUUGCUCCGGCCUGGAAUAGAACAGGUCAUCUCUUGGUACAAGUAUUAGACAUCAAUGUAACAGAAACACAAGUUUGUCUAAGUAUAGAAGUCUAUACUAUCAGAUUGCCACCUCCUGAGCUACAGGAGUUUGAUAUUUCUCAGCAUAUUAUAGAGGAUUUUCAUACCAACCAGAAUGCUGUCAUUGAGAGACACUCCAUUUUAAGCAACUGGUGCUACAUUUUGCCCAGUAUGAAAAUGGGGCAGAUAAUAAAUUUUCUUCAUACUGCACCCCCUGACUGUCCCUUUCAUUCCUUCGAAGAUUUCCAGAGGCACUGGGAUGACCUGUAUGGCUAUAAACUUCCAGAGGACUGUGGAGAUAUGAAAAUAUACUGCAGCAUCUACUUCAAAAUGAUUGACAAGAGGACCUUCACGUACCCUCUCAGCUGCAUCAGAAGUCAGCCCAUGCAGUUCUUCCCAAGAGUAGAUUUGGAUGGAGUGUUGAAAAGCUUCAUUUCAGAUUUAAGAUUGAAACUGCCACAUUUAUGUGGGUUUCCCGUAAAGAUGACAUAUAAGCCAUGCUAUUACACACAGGAGCUAACCAGGCCACAUCUACAGGAAAACAAAGUCAAACCAUCCAAUCUGACCACUAAAAAAUUCUUCCGAGAGUCUCUAACUCAAGCCACAUUGGUGAAACCCACAAGAGCUCUAAAUUUCAUCCCACAGUCAACAGCCGCCAAGCACAAAGUGGAGCCUUCUGUUGGCCAGCAGAGGUCAGGCUUGUUCUCAGCUGGUUGCCACCAGCCUGGGUCUUUUCAGGACAGAAAGCCCUACUGGCCUCUCAAAGCACCACAGCUACAUUUGGUUGAGUCAAAGCUCACCAGAGAGAAUACACAAGCGGAGAACAAAAAUCUUUGCUCACAAGGUAACAGAGCCCCGCCAUUCAUACCAGUUUUCAAAAGGAAAUCUGAGCAAGUGAACAAAAACGUCUCAGCACUUAGCACCUUGAAAAGAAAACAGAGUGGAUUUACAGAACCCACCACAUUGGCGCAGGAGACUGGGGCUACUCAGGGAGGCAAACCUAGUCUAGGUGCAGCCACUCGAAAAAGACCGAAUAGCAACAUUCGAGUACUUGCUGGAAACUUAAGUCAGAAGGGCUCCAAACCUCUGCAAGAAAAAGGCACCGAGUUCUAUGAUCGGAAGAAGGAACAGCCCUUGUCUGAUUUGAGACAGACUGUGCACCUUAGAGAAGCUAGACCAUCGUGUACUAGAGCGGUGACACAGACGUCAAGAAACAGUGUAGCUGGGGUGAAAAACAAUGUUGACAUCCACCCUGGUGGAAAAGACAAUCUAACGAGCAGAUUCAUAACACAAAUUUUGGGGAAAAGCCACGAGUCUCUAAAACUCAAAAGCCAGCCACACAUUUUUGAAUCAGACUUAGAAACUGAAGACUCCCAACUCCAACAGCAGCAAUUAGCAAAUCAGGUUCAAGAAGCCGACGCAGCUGAACACAGCCCAAUAGAGAGCAGAGCAGCCCGCAGCCGCAGACAGACAGUGUGCCUUGAGUCUUCAAGGGCUUCUACAAAGCGCUGUUCCAGUGCUGCACACCAGAGGCAAUAUAGUUCUAAGACCCAGGUUUCUAAUACAGCCAAGCCCAAGAAUUUCCUCAACAUCGCUGCAUCUGAGUACAGCGAGGGACAUAGACUGUCCACCAGGUAACUGCAGUGGGCAGCACUUAGCUCUUAAGUUACUCAUGUAGAGAGAGCUGAGCUUAGAUUAGCAAGGAGACAGGAACAGCACGUCCUGUGAACAAGCAACUGUUUUAUGUUAUGUAUUCCCAAGAGGAGUGGCAUUGAGAAAGGACUCCUCAGGCUUUCUUCUCUCCAGUUCUGGGGUCUCACAGACUAGGAAUCCAGCACCACACUGCAUCCAUAGCAGCAGGGUGAAUAUGAAGAACCAUGAUCCCUCUAGCAUGUCUUUGUGCUUGGGCAUAACCCAAAAAGGACCUUAAAUGGAGCCCAGAGAUGAUCAUCGAGUUAAAGUCUUCUCCCGAAUGCCAUGGCGCCAGCUAUGCUUAAGCUUCAGACUUAAUUCUCACUUUGGGUCCCUGACACUGAGUCCACAAAACUGUACAUCUGUAAAUAACGUUUGAUUCCUUGUUGCCAUCUGCUCUAUUCUAAGAGCAAACACAUUGCUAAAACAUCCACAAGUAUUCUUCACAUAAAACUAUUGGCAUACAUUCAGAUUCUUAAGAGCCAACUAGAAAAACAGUUUUCUUUUCCAAAUGCAAUUUCUUCCUAUAGCAAGUAGAAUUUUGAACAUGAUUUGAAUUAGCUAAAAGGUACAUAAUUCUAUUCAUACAUAUGUUAUGAUGUGGUAUUUUAUAUAGUUUUAAACAUCUUCAUUUUAAUGUUCUCAUGUCGUAAAGGAAAGUAGGGUAAGUGCCUUAGAAAUGGCAAUUUGUCUUUUUAGAGAGAAAUCUGUUCUAGGUUCCAUGUUGUCUUAGAAGUAUGUCACUUUCUUAUUUUGGAUUACUUAAUGUCUGACACAAAGUUAACAUGAAUCAUUUUAUUAGGAAGACUAACAUAAUGAGAACAUGGUAGUUUCUAUAGUGUUCUAGGGGCAAUACUCUCACCCAAUUAUCAGCUAGACACUUCUGUAAAAGCUUUUGAGUAAUGAGGAGUAGUUAAGUAAACAAGUUAAAAAUUGGGGACUGGAGAAGUGGCUCACCAGCUAAGAGCACUGGCUACUCUUCCAGAAGACACAGGUUCAAUUCUCAGGACCAAUAUUGUGGUUCACAACUGUAUAUAAUAACUCCAGUUCCAGGGGAUCUAAUGCCAUCCUAUGACUCUGUGGACAUCACGCUUGCACAUGGUACACAGUCAUACAUGCAGGCAAAACAGCCAUACAUAUAAAAUAAAAUAAUACAUUUCUGGAAGUAAAACCCAUCUACAACUGCGCUUUGCAGGGAUAACUAGGAAUACUGAUGAAGUUCCUCCAGACAUUGCCUGUGGCCAAGCAAAUGGCUGUGUGUACUGUUCUGGGUUCUCUCAUUUUACUCAACAAUUAUCUUUUUAAUUUUUGCACAGUAUUUCAUUGGAUGUGGACAUGUCCCAUGUUUAACUAGACCUCUAUUGGUUGAUGACGUAAGACAUUUACAACCUUUUAAUAUUAUAAGUCAUAUAAAUGUUCGCUGCAGAAUGUUGUAAGUUAUCAAUAUGUUAUGUUAUACAUUGUUUUUAAAGAAAUACUUUUAUUCUGUAACCCCAACUAGCCUGGAACUUGCUACAUAGACCAGGCUAGCCUCAAACCCAAAGAGAUCCACCUGCCUCCACUUCCCAAGUUCUGGCAUCUUUUGAUAGUUGAAAAUACCUUUAUUUUGCCCUUACUAUUUUCUUUGUUUGAAGUGAUUCCAUUUGAUUUUGGGGCUUCACAGAUCAGUAGUAUAAAGAUAGUAGACAGUAGUGUGGAGAAACUGCUGGUGGUUAACAUCUGGACACUGUCACCUCUGUUCUGUCCAGGUGCUUCUACUGUAACAUUUUAAAGCAAAUUCAAGGCAUUGUGUAAUUUUACUCAUGGACAUUUCAUAAUAUAACUCUAACAUAAGGUAUAAUGGAUGUUUGAUAGAAAAGAAUAUGUAUGAGCAUUUAUAUUGUACGUUCUGAGAGUAUCCCCUAUGCUUGUUUCCAAAGCAAGUAUAUCACUUGCAGUUCUACGAGAACAGAGAUUCUAUUUUGUAAUUACUGUGUUUCUUCAUAAUCUUGGGCAGAUUGUUUUACUGUUUAUUUGGGGGACAGAUGGUGUUGUAUAUUGCCACUAAAUUUCACUUUUGUUUUUAUAUAUGACCAUCAGAAAGCCCCCAGAGGCAUGAGGUCAAUUUCACUACAGAAUUAGAGCCCAUAUUGCAGCAAAGAUUUCUAUGCCCAACAGUAUUCAUUAGUCCUGCUAGUGGGUCAUGCUCUGUGUCCUCUCCUGAAAUGGAUGGACUUGCUCUGAGGGUGAGUAUAGUCUUUAGCAAACGCAGGCUUAGGGUUAUAUAUGUGAUGAAGUAAGUGUCCAGAAUCACCUGCGUGUCCUCCACAAACAAUUGUCCAACAUAUAAAGGAACAGAAAGGAGAGGCAUGAAUCGUGCUGUUUAGAUGAGACAUUCCUCACUCCCAAACAUUUUAGGCUUUAAUUAGACUUGAUGAUAACAUGAUUAGCAUAUAUUUGAAAAGUCAGAACUCUUUAUUGAAAAUCCUACUACAAAAAUCCAUAGAUAUAUGAGUGCAAAUACAAAGCCAAAAAUCAAGUUUAAGUUGAACUAUGAUUGUUUAAACAUGGCUUGUUGUUGCUACCAAUUCAUCAAAACACUGCAGUUAAACAAGAGUGAGUUUAACUCUCACUCCUGAAGUCAUGCCUACCCAUGAUUUGCUCUAUACCUUUACCGUGAGCACUAACGCUUUCCAGACCUGUUAGUUCCCGACAUGUCUUCAUACGAAGAACAAACAUGUCAUUCAAAGCCCAUCUGAACCUCUCCUUUCCCAUGAAGUUCAUGUGAUAAAGAGCCAGCAGGCCACAGUAAGACUAGGACACUGUUUUGCUUGUGUAGAAACAUGGUUGGUUUGAGAGUGAUGUAUUUAAAUAUGCAUGUGUAGUUAACAUAGUCAGGCACACAUGGUCAUUCAUGGAUAACCCUUACCUGGCUGCUUUCUGGGGCUGCUACAUCAUUGUGCCUUAGGCUGUGAACAAGUCAUAUUACUCAAAUAAGUACACUAGUUAAAAGAUAAGUCUACAGCUGAAGCAGUGUGUAAUGUUUCCCAUUCUUAAGAGUCUUAGUAAUCCAUCCUCUAUUAGUUUGAACUACUUAGAACUGACAGCUAAUAUUUCUUUCCGUUUUCUUUAUAGAGAGGGCAUCAUGUACCCCUGUUAGCCUUGAACUCACUGUGUAGCUUGGAUUGAUUCUGUCUGAACCUCUUCUUCCAGAGGGCUAGGUUCUUAUAGUUUGCUCAUUUGGUCAUGCUGGAAAUUGAAUCCAGAGCUUUGUUCGUUUUGGCUUUCAGAAAUUGAAGUCUUUUUAAAAUAUUUAUUUUAUUUCAUGUUUAUGAGUGUUUCUGCCUGCAUGAACAUAUGUGUAUCAUGUGUGUGCCUGGUGCCUGAGAGGCCUAAAAGCAGGCAGUCUACCAGCUGAGCUAUACUCCAGCACCAGCAUUUCAUUUAAGGUAAGGUUUCACAUGCAUGCGAGGCUUGCUAUGCUAAAACCAAUCUAUAUGAGUCUGUUUCCAUACACAUAUGUACAUGCACACACAUGCACACACACACAGAGCAAAAUUCUGUGUGCAAAUUCACCAGAGAAAUCAGCGAAGAUCUUGGUUCAUAUUAAAGAUUUUGAUUUCUAGGGGCCUGAGAUAACUCGGCCGUUAAGAGUGCUUGCUCCUCUUGUCAAGGAUGCACAUUUAUUCCCACGUAGCCACACAAAACCAUCUGUAAGGUGGUUUCCAAGGGGAUCUGGGCUCUAACACCCUCCUUUGGGCCUCUCAGGCUCCAGGCAUACACAUGAUACAUAUUCAUAAAUGCAGGCAAAACUCAUAAACAAUAAAUAUUUUUAAAAGACCUCAACUUCUGAAAGCCAAAAUAAUUGCACUGCCAAUUGAAAAAAAGCAAAUUUUCCUUUUUUAGGUUUGGAUGCUUCGUUUGCAGUAUGGACCCCUUCCAAAAAUUCAUUCCUUAUUUUCAAUUCUGUAUUACAGGGCCAUUAUACUUUUAAACCAUAAACAAUUUUAUGCUUGCCUAUAUCCAGAGGCUUAGAAAUCAACCACCACACCAAAACAAACUUAUGGAAAUAGACCUAAGUUAAUGCCAAGAGUCUUAUUUAUAGCUAUGUAAAAAUGUUCCUCAUGUAUAGGAGCCACUUACUAUAUUUGUAAUUGCUUUUAUAUUUUUAUUAUGUUAUAAUUAUUUUUAGUAUGUGUUUAUUACUAAAUGUAGCAAAUAAAAAUUUCAAGCUUCUCA